GGCCGGGGCGGCUGCAUUCCCGCAGCUGCCUCCAUGUCAGGGUCACCCUGGGCCGCUCUCCACACCUCUCUGCGAGGCAGCCUCCUCCUGUCCUUCCCUUCCUCCGUUCCUCCGUCCCUCCGUGCCUCCGCAGUGGGGGGGCCGGCCCGGGGUCCAGGGCCGGUGCCCCGGGGCCUGGGCCUGGGUGGGCUCCCAGCACUUCUUGCCUCCCUCGGUGUUCCCACUUUCCUACUCCAUGGCGGCCUUGGCUUUAACCCUUUCCCUCCUGCUCGGGACCGCUGAGCUUGAAUUUCUCGGGACGAUCAAGGGUCCCUGGAACACUGGGCAGACCUGAGCUCUGGGAUGGAGCCUGAGGCCGUGCUAUGGGGCCCAGAUCUGCAGGGUCCUGAACAGAGCCCCAACGAUGCUCACAGAGGUGCCGAGAGUGGGAACGAAGAGGAGAGCCCUCAGCAGGAAAGUUCUGGGGAGGAGAUCAUCUUGGGAGAUCCAGCUCAGAGUCCAGAAUUCAAGGACCCAGCAGAGAUGCCUCUGGAGAGACCCUCCCAGGAUCCCUCCGUCCCUCAGGACUCCCCAACCCCUCUGGGUCACCCCAGCCCCUUGGACCACCAGGCCCCUCUGGAUCCCCCUGCCCCCGAGGUAGUCCCUUCCCCGUCCGACUGGACCAAGGCCUGUGAGGCCAGCUGGCAGUGGGGGACCCUGGCCACGUGGAACAGCCCCCCGGUGGUCCCGGCCAGCGAGCCCAGCCUGCGGGAACUGGUGCAGGGCCGCCCCUCGGGGGCGGAGAAGCCCUACAUCUGCAACGAGUGCGGCAAGAGCUUCAGCCAGUGGUCCAAGCUGCUGCGGCACCAGCGCAUCCACACGGGCGAGCGGCCCAACACCUGCUCGGAGUGCGGCAAGAGCUUCACGCAGAGCUCGCACCUGGUGCAGCACCAGCGCACGCACACGGGCGAGAAGCCCUACAAGUGCCCCGACUGCGGCAAGUGCUUCAGCUGGAGCUCCAACCUGGUGCAGCACCAGCGCACGCACACGGGCGAGAAGCCGUACAAGUGCACGGAGUGCGAGAAGGCCUUCACCCAGAGCACCAACCUCAUCAAGCACCAGCGCUCGCACACGGGCGAGAAGCCGUACAAGUGCGGCGAGUGCCGGCGGGCCUUCUACCGCAGCUCGGACCUCAUCCAGCACCAGGCCACGCACACGGGCGAGAAGCCCUACAAGUGCCCGGAGUGCGGCAAGCGCUUCGGCCAGAACCACAACCUCCUCAAGCACCAGAAGAUCCACGCCGGCGAGAAGCCGUACCGCUGCACCGAGUGCGGCAAGAGCUUCAUCCAGAGCUCCGAGCUGACCCAGCACCAGCGCACGCACACCGGCGAGAAGCCCUACGAGUGCCUGGAGUGCGGCAAGAGCUUCGGCCACAGCUCCACGCUCAUCAAGCACCAGCGGACUCACCUGCGCGAGGACCCGUUCAAGUGUCCGGUGUGCGGCAAGACCUUCACGCUGAGCGCCACGCUGCUGCGGCACCAGCGCACGCACACGGGCGAGCGGCCCUACAAGUGCCCCGAGUGCGGCAAGAGCUUCAGCGUCAGCUCCAACCUCAUCAACCACCAGCGCAUCCACCGCGGCGAGCGGCCCUACAUCUGCGCCGACUGCGGCAAGAGCUUCAUCAUGAGCUCCACCCUCAUCCGCCACCAGCGCAUCCACACGGGCGAGAAGCCCUACAAGUGCUCCGACUGCGGCAAGAGCUUCAUCCGCAGCUCCCACCUCAUCCAGCACCGGCGCACGCACACAGGCGAGAAGCCCUACAAGUGCCCCGAGUGCGGCAAGAGCUUCAGCCAGAGCUCCAACCUCAUCACGCACGUGCGCACGCACAUGGAUGAGAACCUGUUCGUGUGCUCCGACUGCGGGAAGGCCUUCCUGGAGGCGCACGAGCUGGAGCAGCACCGGGUGGUCCACGAAAGGGGCAAGACGCCGGCCCGCAGAGCUCAGGGCGACACCCUGCUGGGGCUGGGCGACCCUGCCCUGGUGACGCCCCCGCCGGGAGCCAAACCACACAAGUGUCUUGUCUGCGGCAAGGGCUUCAACGAUGAGGGCAUCUUCAUGCAGCAUCAGCGGAUCCACAUCGGGGAGAACCCCUACAAAAACGCAGAUGGCCUCAUCGCACACCCAGCCCCCAAGGCGCCCCAGUUCCGACCGCCCCGGCUCCCUUUUGGAGGCAAUUCCUACCCAGGUGCUGCCGAGGGCAGAGCCGAACCCCCGGGACAGCCCUUUAAAGUGCCCGAGGGGCAGGAGAGCUUCAGCCAAAGGCUGGGCCUGCUCUCUUCCAAGUCCUAUAUCUGUUCCCACUGUGGAGAAAGUUUUCUGGAUCGCGCCGUGCUCCUCCAACAUCAGCUCAGCCACGGCAACGAAAAGCCCUUUCUCUUCCCUGAUUAUAGGAUUGGUCUAGGGGAAGGGGCCGGGCCCAGUCCCUUCCUAAGUGGCAAGCCCUUUAAAUGCCCUGAAUGCAAAAAAAGCUUUGGCCUCAGCUCUGAGCUGCUGCUGCACCAGAAAGUCCAUGCAGGUGGGAAACCCCAGAAGAGUCCGGAGCUGGGGAAGAGUUCUUCUGUCCUCCUGGAGCACCUCAGGAGCCCCCUGGGGGCCAGGCCCUACAGCUGCUCAGAUUGCGGGGUCUCCUUUCUCGAUCGCCUGGCGCUCGCCCGGCACCAGGAGACCCACACCCAAGAAAAGUCCCCCACACCCGAGGACCCCCCUCCAGAACCAGCCACCCUGUCCACAAGCCAGGAAGGUGAGGGAGAGGCCCCCACGCCCACAGGGAGCAGCAGCCAGGGGGACGGGGAAAACCCCAAGACCCUGUUGGAGGAAAAGCCCUAUUUGUGCCCUGAGUGUGGGGACGGCUUCACGGAAGUCGCAGCUCUCCUCCUCCACCGGAGCUGCCACCCGGGGGUCACCUUGUGAAAUGGGUCUGGAGACCAGGGGCCUCUCUCUCCUGAGAGGAACACUGGAUCCCCCCAGAAAUCAUGUGGGGAAAGGAGGAAAACCCUAUCAGGUUGUAGAGAAGCAGAGGAUUAAGAACCCUGGGUAAAAAUAGUGCUUUUACAACAGUGAUGAGAAACCCUAUAAAAUUGUUGGUGGGAGCCCCUUAAUAAGGCAGUAGAGAAAAACUGUUGGGUUAGAAACCCUAUAAAUAUGUAGGAAAAAAAAAAAAAAGCCCUUUAAGUCUGUAGCAGAAAAAACCCUAUAAACCAUAGUGGAUAAAAGCCCUAUUAAUUGUAGGAAGAGGUCCCAAUACGUCUCUAGACAACCCUAUAAAACUGUAUCAAAAUCCUUGUGAAACUAUAGGGUCGGGGAAGCGCAGGGAAUCCAAUGGCAUUGACCUCAGAAGGUGUGGAACAGCCUCCCAUGAACUUGUUCCGCAGUGUUCUCUCCCCCUGCAGUUCGAGAGAGCCUCCCUCCCAGAAGUGUUGGACAAUGACACUGAGGAAAACGCUCAGCUGGGGACUAGUGUGGGGAGAGGCGAAAGAUAAGUGAUGAGGAGCCCCCAGGCCCACAGAGAAGAAACGGCCCAGGGAACUAGGAAGAGAAAGUUCAGCUCGCUGCCCUGGGGGUUCCUGGGGGGAUGAGGCCGAUCUUAGGUGAUUGCGUGUUAGAGGAAGAGGCCCACGGAAUUCCUUAUGAGGAAGAACCCAAAAAUGGGGAAGGAAAAAAAAAAGUGAUGUCGAGCCUUCUUAAAGGCUGAAGUUUGGGGUGCAUAGAAACUUUAAAGAGUACUGGGAAGCCACCACGAAAAAAUUAGGGGGAAGGGAGGGAUUUCUGUUAGAGUGCUUUGAGGAAAGCAAAGCAAGGUGAAGCCGUGUCCGGAUGGAACCCAGCGAACUCGGGGCUGCCCAGUCCUCCCCGUUUCCGGGAGCUUGUUAAGCUUCAAGUGCAAGCAGAUCCCAGCUCAGGCCGCCAGGGCUCCCCCCAGCCAGGCAGGAUGGGGGACUUCUACUCUGAAAGGCCUCCAGGGGUGGAGGGUCCCUCCUGCCCAUUCUCAGGUCUCACUGUCAGGAGGUGUCUCCUGCAAUCUAACUGCCACCAGUCUCGCUGCCGUGGCAGCUUACUUCCUCGAAUUCUGUCCUCAGUGGAGAGGGGGACCCGCUGCUAGUCGACCUCCAAAGAAUAAAGCCCUUCAGAGACUCGAGGCCUGUGUGUGGUUAAAUCCUCCCUAGACUUCUCUUCUCCAAGUCAACGAGAGCCACGCGUGGGUUCUCUGUGGCAACGAGGGACAGCAAGUCGACAGAUAGAGCGCUCUGAUUAGCCAGCAACCUGCUUUUAGACCUCACUCUUUCAUCUGAGCUGUUAGCCAGGCUACUGGCUGGAUGAGCCAGCCGGCACGUAGUGCUGGGUGUCCCGACACCCCACAGACUGGGCCGUGGGUCCCUGAAGAGCAUCUGGAGGCCUGACCACCUUCCUCACCCUGGUACUUGGAGCGCUCUGAGGUGUGACGACCCAGCCCGAUCGUGGCCUUGGGAGGGGACAGAUCCCACCCACUUGGCUCCUCUCCUCCUUAGCCAGAAACCUUCAGAGGGAAAUGGAAGGAUGAGAAACCCACUCCCCUGCCAGGCCCAUCUCCUGUCCUCACACACCACACGGUAACACUCUUUCAUUAACCCAGCCAAACCCGCUAACAUGACUGGGUGUGUGUGGCAGGGGGGAGAGAGACUGCUGCCCUAGGAAAUGGUUGAGUGGAAACUCUCGACACAUCUG